CACCCAGCCUCUGCUUCUCCCACGCGCGUGCGCCCCUUCUCCGCACACCUCCCCCGCUGUUGCUGCGGGCGCGCGCGCGCGCGUUCCGGUGUUCCAGGCAGGAGCUGGAGACAAGCGACCGGCUGUGGGCCAGGCUCUGAGAGAGCGCCGUGAGCUAGAGAAGCGGGACCCUGCGAGGCUACAGCUGGCGUGGGCCUGGCCGCCUCUCCGUCGGCGGGCCGGGCCACGUCGCCAAGCCCAGAGGCUGGACUCCCGGGGCUGAUGGCCAUGGGCGGGAGCUGGAGACGACAGCGGCAAAGGCAGCGGCAGCGGCCGGCCCCGCGGGCGGGGAGCCGUGUGGCCCACGGCCCCUGACAGCCCCUGACGGCCCCGGCGGGCAGGCGCGCUCCCGCGCCUCCUGGGGUGGGGGGGCCGUAGCCAGGCAACGCCCGGCGCGCCCGCCCAUCCCCCGCCGCCCUUUUUUUCCCCUGGCUGGGUGCGAAGGAGCAUGCCUGUGUCUGGCCUCGGCCAGCAAAGAGUUAAGUCGAGAGGCUUGGAGCUGCCUUCCUCUUGGGGGCGUGCCCCCCUCCCCCGCUAGGCGGCUCGGCCCCCCGGGGUAAGGUAUGGCCCCGGGCCCAGGCCCGGGACCCGUGGUCCCACGCACUGGCCAGUGAAAGAUACCUUCCUCUUCCCGCUCUCCUCUUUCCCUCGCCGGCCAGCAUCAUGGGAUGUAAUAUGUGUGUGGUCCAGAAACCGGAGGAGCAGUACAAAGUGAUGCUUCAGGUGAACGGAAAGGAGCUCUCCAAGCUGUCUCAGGAGCAAACCCUAGAGGCCCUGCGUGCCUCCAAGGAGCCCCUGGUGAUCCAGGUGCUGAGACGCAGCCCCCGUCUGCGGGGGGACAGCUCCUGCCAUGACCUUCAGCUGGUGGACAGUGGCACUCAGACCGACAUCACCUUCGAGCAUAUCAUGGCGCUGGGCAAGCUGCGCCCGCCCACCCCACCCAUGGGCAUCUUGGAGCCGUACGUCCUCUCUGAGCUCCCCCCCAUCAGCCAUGAGUAUUAUGACCCAGCGGAGUUCAUGGAGGGCGGCCCGCAGGAGGCAGAGCGAAUGGACGAGCUGGAGUACGAGGAGGUGGAGCUGUGUAAAAACAGCCACCAAGACAAGCUGGGCCUGAUGGUGUGCUAUCGCACAGAUGAGGAGGAGGACCUAGGCAUCUACGUUGGAGAGAUUAAUGGAAUGGAUGUCCAAAAUCGAGAGGAGGCAGUGGCCAUCCUGAGCCAGGAGGAGAACACUAACAUCUCCCUGCUGGUGGCCCGACCUGAGAGCCAGCUAGCAAAGCGGUGGAAAGACAGUGACAGAGAUGACUUCCUAGAUGACUUUGGAUCUGAGAAUGAAGGGGACCUUCGUGCUAGGAAGCUAAAGUCACCUCCUGUCCAGCAGAUUGGAAAUGAUGAGAAGGGGGCUCCUGAUGGGGGCCCAGGCUUAAACAACAGCCAGGACCUGGACAGCGGGGUGGGUCGGACUGAUGAGAGUACCCGCAAUGAAGAGAGCUCUGAACAUGACCUGCUGGGGGAUGAACCUCCCAGCACCACCAACACUCCUGGAAGCCUACGCAAAUUUGGUCUACAAGGGGAUGCCCUACAGAGCAGGGACUUCCACUUCAGCAUGGAUUCUCUGUUAGCUGAGGGGGCAGGGCUGGGAGGGGCUGACCUACCUGGGCUCACUGAUGAGGAGUAUGAACGCUACCGGGAGCUGCUGGAGAUCAAGUGCCACCUGGAAAAUGGCAACCAGCUGGGCAUCUUCUUCUCCCGGGCCUCCAGUGGCAACAGUGCCCUAGAUGUCAACCGCAAUGAGAGCCUAGGCCAUGAGAUGGCCAUGCUGGAGGAAGAGCUUCGGCACCUAGAGUUCAAGUGCCGCAAUAUCUUGCGGGCACAGAAGAUGCAGCAGUUGCGGGAGCGCUGUAUGAAGGCCUGGCUGCUGGAGGAGGAAAGUCUCUAUGACCUGGCAGCCAGUGAGCCCAAAAAGCAUGAGCUGUCUGAUAUCUCUGAACUGCCAGAGAAAUCAGACAAAGAUAGCACCAGCGCUUACAACACGGGGGAGAGCUGCCGCAGCACUCCACUUCUUGUGGAGCCUCUGCCUGAGAGCCCGCUGAAGCGAUCUGGUGCUGGCAAUUCCAACUUGAAUCGGACCCCUUCUGGCCCUCCUGUCACCACCCACCUCAAGGGGGCUCCUUCACCAGGGAGCCCAGCUAAGUUCCGAUCACUCUCUCGGGAUCCUGAAGUGGGCCGGAGACAGCACACAGAAGAGCGUGUCCGCCGGAGCACCAAGACAAGUGUUACUCUGGAGCGUGUGGGCCCUGAAGGCAGCCCUUACCUCUCCAGGCGCCAUCGUGGCCAGGAGAUUGAGCAGUACCACAGCUGUGUGCAGUUGGCCCCGCCACGCACCCUGGAGGAUCUGGGCCAUGGCUCCUUGAGCUUGGCUAGUGGUCCUCGGGUGGGUGGGGUGGCAGCUGCAGCUGUCGAAGCACCCCGCAUGGAGUGGAAGGUGAAGGUGCGAAGUGAUGGAACCCGCUAUGUGGCCAAGCGACCUGUGCGAGAUCGGCUGCUGAAGGCCAGGGCCCUGAAGAUCCGAGAGGAACGCAGUGGUAUGACCACUGAUGAUGAUGCAGUGAGUGAGAUGAAGAUGGGCCGCUACUGGAGCAAGGAAGAGAGGAAGCAACACCUGAUCCGAGCACGGGAGCAACGGAAGCGGCGUGAGUUCAUGAUGCAGAGCCGUCUGGAGUGUCUAAGGGAGCAGCAGAAUGGUGACAGCAAACCUGAGCUCAACAUCAUUGCGCUGAGCCACCGUAAAACCAUGAAGAAGCGAAACAAGAAGAUUCUGGACAACUGGAUCACCAUCCAGGAGAUGUUGGCUCAUGGUGCCCGCUCAGCUGAUGGAAAAAGGAUCUACAACCCUCUGCUCUCUGUCACCACUGUCUGAGCUGCUCCAGCAGGAGCCCAGCCCAGGUCUAGAAAGCCUGACCCUCACCCUCCCUUAGAAUCUAGUGUGUGUCGAUGUGUGUGCUUGCACGAUGUGCUCAUGCACACUCCUUACCUGUAUGUUAUGUGUGCACAGGACCUUGGUAAUAGAAAGCCCCAAGAAGGGACACUUCUCUUACGCCUAGUUCCUUUUCCCCAAGAAGCUAUGCUAACAACCAACAUAGAGGCAUACCCAUAAAGGGCACCUCUUUGUGUAUACACAUGGUAUUCUUGCUAUUUUCUUGGAGACAGGGAAAUCAGUGCAGAGAGGUGAGGUGGACUAUCCUAAGCACAAGAGAAUGUCCAGCUUCAUGCUGAGCACGACCUCUCCCCUCCUAGGAGCUGCAAUUAUUUGUAGACAAAGGCAACCCUGAAUUUUGUGGUUUUUCUUCUUUUCUGUGCUUGCCAAUAGUUGUUUUCUGUUUUGUGGGCCUGCUCUGGGGGCUGGCAGCUCCUUUAGGCAGCCUGACAAAGGUGGACCCCACCGAGUGCUGGCUGGAAAGGAGGUUGGGGGGAGGAAAAGAGGGAGGGUUGGGUGGGAGGGAAAGGAAAAAGAUGGGGAAGAAUAAAAAGCAGCUGUCCUGGUGGCCUCUAGGGGCUCUGCCUUGGCUUUCAAGGCUUAACCAUGGAGGCCCACCUCUCUUGCCAGUGACUGAAGGAAAGUGAGAUCACAGGGAUUUGGGGCACAGUAUCCAUGCAAAAGAAUCUGUCUAUGCCAUCUGGAGCAGAGUCACUCUUCUCAGUGGCUUAAGCAAGGAGGGCCAAACCUAAUGAGUCUAGAGAGGAUGUGGUGGGAGUUGGAAGGCCUGGGCCCAAUGAAAGGAAGGUGGGCUGACUGAGAGAUGCCUAGAACCUUUUCCAGGUGAUGGAACUUUAAAAUGUUUGGUGCCUGUCAGGCUUGGUGAAGCUCAUUGGAUGCUACAGGAUGCCCCUGCUCCCCACCUACAUACACCCCAAGAAUAAAGCAAGCUGCCUUUUUGCUGUUAA